AUGGCGUUGAACGGCCUCGCCCAAAAGGCGGCGAUGAGGUCUUGUUAUGAUUACAAUCGGCGGUACAUCGGGAUUUUACGGAGUCAUGGCCUGCCAGCCGGUGGCUGCACCGCCGCACGGUUGUCUGUUUCCACGUGCAGGCGCGGAUUGUGCAGCAAUUCUCUUCCUCAACUGCACUGUCUCAAGUUCGCGGCCGCUGAAGCUAUCGCCGCGCGGAGGGCGCGAAUGGCUCGCUGCUUUGGUGCUUUGAGGACCGACUCUACCCCCCAGGAGCCUGCAAGCAGGCAAGAGGCUCAUGUGUCGAGCCAGCACUCGCAAGCGCAAAGCGAUAUCGUCAAGAAUGAAGCAGAGGCAAAUAUAGUGUUGAGGAAGCCGAUACCGAAGAAUUUUAUCAGGGAGACUUUCUUGCCUCAUCUGGAGCACAACGUGGCGUACAAUGCGCACAAGUUCCCGCCUGCAGUCGUUCUGCAGAUAGCCAUUGCGUACUCCAAACUGCCUGCAUUCAUCAGGCAGCGUGCAAUAGAGGACUCGCUGGUGGAAACCUUUAUCGACCGCAUGGUGGACUACAGCGCUGCCGACUGCGUGCAGUUGCUCAACACCAGCCUGCAGCUGCAGGGGCUGAGGAACCUGAAGGUAUUCCGGGAGAUCUUGAAGCGACUGCAGGACAAGCACGUGUUCGGUUCUAUCACGGUUAUAAACCGGCUGGGGCUGGUGCGCAACAUAUCGCGGAUAGUGCAGCGUGCGCACGUGCUGCAGGGGGACACGGCGUCGGUUCCACUCGAGGUCGACAUGCUGGACCUGGGCAAAUACCAGGCGUCCAUAUUGAAGCCUUGGACGCUGAUCACUUCAACAUUGCGCUGCAAAGAGCUUAGGAAGCUGUGCAGUGACCUGGUGGAUUUCGGUGGCGACGCUUUGCUGCCGCAACUGGAGUACGAGAUGCAGACGUUUGACUCAAACGAGCUGUGUGACCUGCUGGGGGUGUUCGCCGAACGCGCUGAACGUGACUCGGCGAAGCUCGAUUUCCCGGUUAUCGCUAUAUUGAUGCAGCGCAUAAUUGAGCUUAACGACCAGACGCCGCUCUCUAACAAGCUCGCGAACGUCUGCAGCCUUUGCCGGCUCGGUGUUUCGCACGAGGGCUACCUGACAAUGGUCGCAGAGGAGAUGCGAAAUCCGCUCAAAGUCAACAACAUAUACCAUCGGCACUUGGCUCGCGUGCUGUGGGCAUUCUCGCGGUUCGGCAUGCUGAACAGGGUCCUAGAGUCGCUCAUGCCGCACCUGGAGCGCAACAGCCUGCACUUUGAGCCCAGCAGCAUCGCUAGACUUAGCCAGGUGUAUAGGGGUGAGGCUGAGGCGGGAGAGGCACCGGCGGAGUUACUGGGCAAGUUGCGAGACGUUGUGGUGCGCAACGUCUUGCACUCCCUUGGGCAGCUCAACAAAAUGGCGCCGAAGCAACUGCUCUUCUUCUACACGGCUGUUUGCUAUCUGCAUAUGCUGCCAGAACCGCUGGAUUACGCGGCGUGCGUCGCUGCAAAGGCAACGGGGCUCCCGAGGUAUUCGGAGUCGGCGCCGCAACCCUACGACGCGUUGCUGCGUGCCAAGGAUAAAACGCGCUCUCACAUAUUGGAGGCGGUCUUGGCGGCGAUGGAGCAGUUGGAGUCGGACUUCGAUCUUUCAGAGAUCCAGCGCGUGGUAUCGCUAACGAUGUCCCUAAAACAUGCGCACUUCGUGCUGGACCACCUGCCCAGAUCGUGGUCGCGCAUCGUGAAGGAGCAUGAAGAUGAACAAAUGUGA